AUGGAUCUAAUAGCAGAAACAGACCUCACCCAGGAUGAAAAAGAUAUGGCCAUUGAGGCGAAGAAGGUGAGGUUCAACACUGCCAACGGCAACACCACGUCAAAGCAAGAGAUAUGCAUGGAUAUACAGGGGAUGCCUGAGACGAUGAGGAUUAGAAUGCUCGAGAGUACUCCCGCUGUUCUAUCAAUGGGGAGGAGAUGCAUGAAAAUGGGAUAUUCAUUUCAUUGGCUGGCGGGUGCAAACCCCGUGUUCGUCAAGCCUGAUUCGAGCUUGAUAGUGCUAAAAGUCAUUGGGGAUAUCCCAUACAUGGUGGAUAGAAUGUCAACGGUUGUUAACGAAAGUGAGCGUAAUGACUAUCACAUCUAUCCUGCUAUGCCAGCGCCUCUUGCGAUUGAACUGCCCGUGCGAGGAAACUCCAGUCCGAGGAGACUUGAAGGGAAACAGGAUGAAUGUAGCCCCAAAAGCGUGGACUCGGACACGGAUAGGGACACUGAGGAGGAACCGAUAGGAAAGGCCACCAACGACGACGGGAGGCUACUAGACAAGUGGAUGUUAACGGGUAAUAAAGCGGUGUGUUUCCAUAACAAACCAAGAACGAAGACUUGCGAUCCAUGGUUUGAAACACUGAAAUUCCCAGAGAUACAUGCACUUGUGCCGCGAUUCGCCGAGAGAUGUAGAUCCAAACGUGUGUACAAAGAUGGCAAAACCGUGGCGGAAUGGAUAGACUGGGUGGACAAGUACAAUGAGGGAGAGAAUAGAGACGCGGAAGAGGACUUAUGGACAGGCAAGACCAUGUUCAAGAUAGAAGGGCUCACAUUCGAAGGAGCGGAUGCAGGAGAAGCGGUGCAGAGCGAUAGCGCGAAGGUGAGAAAACAUAUCUUGAAUAGAAUGGCUGCGGAUGAAGACGCGGGGCUAGAUGACCUGACGAUGAUGCUGGACAAGAAUAUCGGUACCGGUGGGGAGGCAGAGACGCUAGUCGAGAUAGCAAGGUCGAGGAACGGACCGGAGAGGUGGGGAUACUCAUUUAUCAGUUGGGCACAGAAGCAGGAAUGCCGGGACGACGAUAUCAUCAUACUGCGCGUGUGCAUGCUUGUGGCGAUAGGAAAGGAUCCCGAGACGUAUUGGGAUGAUACGCCAGAAGGGGGAUACGCAUCAUUGUGGGCGACAGAAGAAUGGGAUAGGACGAGUGCCAUCCUAGGUACGAAGCUGUUCAGUUUUGAUCAGGGACCGAUGGGACCAGGGACUGGAGCGACGAAUGAUAGCAGUGAUAGAAGCAAGGGCGAGAUGAGCGAAUCGCAGAAUUGGGCGGAGUGGGCACCGGGAUUCGAGCCAUUAAGGAUCGCGGAGCAAGUCGUCGCUGUACCCGGCGAAGAAGAAGGCACCAAAAACGAAGGCCAAUGGGAUGUCGAUAUAGAUUUGCCCGGAAUAGCCGACGAAGAACAGGCCAGAAGAGGAGUGGGAGAGCCUCAGAAGGAUGAUAGCGCCGGUGGCGUGGGAGAGGUGGAAGAAACAGAGGCAGAAGUCGGACCUGCAGAUCAAGUUCGAGUUGCGGAUAGAAUUGGCGAAGGGAUAGGGUCGAGCAAAGCUGUGAGCAUUCGGAGAGCAAGAUACUCACCGGAGUAUGCAAAAUCGGCAGAACAUUUGCUCACGCAUCUCCCAAAGAACAUGCACUGCGUUGCCUGUCGACAAGGCAAAGCAAUAAACGUUCCCUUCAACAGGGGCGAAGGCAUCACCAACAAGGGUGCCGAGAAGUUCGGGGAGAGGGUCACUGCUGACACGAUAGUUCUUCGCAGCCACAAAGACAAGGGAAUCCGCGGAGAAAAUAAUGCAAUCGUGAUGUUCGACUUCAAGACACAAUGGAUACACUGCACGCCCGUAAAGUCCAGGGGAACGGAUGAGUUUGUGCGAGCUAUCAAUGAGUUCCGAGGCCCAGAUAUGGUAGUGCAUUUAUACGCAGACGGAGCCGGUGAAUUUUCAAAAGCCUGCGACGUCAUAGGAACUUGCAGGGCGACUUCUACACCCGGAUUACCCCGAACGAAUAGCAUAGCGGAGCUCAAGGUCAAAGAAGUAAUCUACGGUGGCAGAGUAUUGCUGAGACAAGCAGGACUAGAACCGAAGUGGUGGCCGUACGCUGUGCAGACGUUCUGCUUCCAUAGUAACGUACAACAAGUGGACGGGGUAAGCCCGUACGGGAAAAGACAUGGCAACGAGCAAGACAAAGUGAAACUGAUUCCUUUCGGGGCACUUGUUAACUACCUCCCCAUUGCCGAAAAGCCUAGAAAAGCUGGCAAAGAGGACGCGGCCCUGCUCGAACGGGGGGAUCCUGAAAAUGACGCUCUUGAGAUUCUCGGAGCUGAUGAAGAUGUUUCGAGCAUGGCCUUGCCCUCUGAAACGAAGGAAACCAAAGAACAACGCUCGCAAAGGGAGGAAGAGCUGAGAGAGAUCGAUAGACGUGCGCUCGAUAUGGUCAUGACGCAGGACUUUGAUGUGCAGCAUGCAAAGGACAUCAUCCUGAAGUUCACUUCGAUAGAAAAAGGAAUAGCGAAGAAUUCGCGGAGCAUGGCCACCGGUAGAGGGUUCAUAGUCCUGGGGCUGUAUGCGUACGGAGGAAAGGUUGGCAUUACGAAUAGUGCCAAAGAAUAUCCGGGGAUAGCCAUGGUGUGCUGCGAGCUGAUAGCAAAAUGUUUCCCAGAAGCUACUUUUACAACGGUGAUUGUGUCUGUCGGAACCAGGAUGGGGCCUCACAAGGACAAGUUUAACGAGAGCCAGACGUACAACUUUGUUGUGCCGGUAAGCGAGAGGGCGGGUGAAGCUAUGAUCUGGACAGAAGAGGAACAGUGUGAGAAUGAGAGUGGCGACGCCGCCGGGAUAAAGAAAGAGGUGCUUCCGGGAAAAUGGAUAUGGGGAAGGACUCGGAAGGUUGAUAGUGGGCUAAAGUUCAAUCCAAGAGUUUGGCAUGCUACCGAAGAUGCCUUGGCGCCGGAGGAUAGAGUGAUAGCGGUGGGAUAUACCCUGGCAGCGGGUAAAAAGGCAUCUGUGGAAGACAAGUGGAAGUUGAUGAGGCUGGGCUUCAGAUUGGAUGAGCACUUUGCGACAUUAGCGGAUGGCUUAUGCCAGGCGGCGUGUGCAGACAACGGUGGGGAUGGGGAAGAAUAUGUAGAUCACGACGCCGAGGAAGAGCAAGCGUAUGCCAUGGCAUCCAAGGCAAAGUUCGACGCUCCGACAUCACCCGGAUUGUUCCUAGGUUACGCGCUCCAACCAGGGGGUGUUCCGAGCGGAGACUAUAUAGUAGUUGAGCUGGCGCACCUGUAUCACGGAUGGACGGUACCGUCGAUACACCGCGUGAAGAGGAUAGUACUUGACGAGGAGAUGCCCAACUACUUCCCGAUGCAAGCUGUGGCUGAUAGGAAGUCGAGAAUCAUGACAGCGACUCGAGCUGAUGCCCUGGCCAGAUUGGAACUGGAGCGAGAGGGGCAGCAAGGAGAGGAGACGGAGGAAAUCUUCGCAGAGGAGAGAAGGGUACGAGCCGAUGUGAUGAGACAAAUUAAGUGCGACGAUCAGCAUCUUCAAAACGGGGAUUUCUGGGAACAUGAUGAGAUAGACCAUUCGUGGACGCUUCAUCACAUCUUACCCCGAAAGGAGCUGUGUACCCCGGGCGAGGAGGUCAAAGGUACAGGUGGCCCCGGGGAUAGAGAGCUGGGUCCAAGGAGGCGAACGUGGAUAGUGUACGCCGAUGGUACAUCGGAGGUGCUGGAUGAGGAUAGAAUGAAGGGCAAGAAGAAGAUCACCAAGAAAUGGACGGGGUGCACUACGUUCUGGGAAAAGGGGGAGCCUGAGGGAGAGAUAGAUGAUGAAGCCAAGGAGCGGGCGCGGGGAGAGAAGGCGACGGGUAUACGGGGGGUGGGUUUAGACUACGAACAGGACAUGCCCAGGAUAGAACGGCCGUACGCGAGAUCUCACAAACCCAACUCCAUUUCGUCAGCAGAGUGGAAUAGGAUGAGUCCGGGACAGCGACUGCGCUAUAUAGAGGGAGACAAAGAGAGGAUCAUCAGAGGAGAGAGGCCUCCCUCUGCCGCUCGAGGGCAAGAGGGAAUAGGACCGCGUCCCGCAGAAAUUGGAGUUCGUGAAUGGAUGGAGAAAAUCACCGACCAUGGACAGGACUUCUCACCGCAGGAAUACCGAUGGGAUUCUCCAUCGGGAAUGCCUGAGGGUGGCCGAGUGUGGGCAGUAAGAAACAAUCGCGCCACAUCCUACCGAUUCUAUGGCGGAAGGGACAAAAGACGGCUCGAGCUCUGGUGGAGGGUCACUCGGAGCGCCAAUACUGGGGAGGUCUUAGAAUCCAUUGAAUAUGACUCGUGCAUACAGGCGGAGAUGAUGCGCAAUAGAGGGAGAUACCGAUUCGUUGUGCCCAGGGACAUCAUCACGGAGUUCUGGUACAUCCCCGACGGAGGAGAAGACCGACGAAUCAGGGAUAGAGGAGGACCAGCAGAACCUGCCGCACCGGCAUCCAGGAUGGGAGAUACUGAGGAGGUUGCGAAAACCAUCAAUCCAUCAAUUGUGCAGCACAGCUGGAAUAGCGCGAACGCCGUCAUGGGGGUCGGAAUAGAAGAAAUAGGGGAUAACGGAGGUGAGAACGUAUCUUGGAUAUCGGGGGAAGGAUGUGUGAUAGGAGAGGAUGUGACGGAUGUGGUCAUCGCUAUCGAUGCGUCUAGCGAAGGCAUGAGCAUAGAAGUUGAUCGAAAGGCAUCCGGUUGGAGACGUGAGGAAGGUAUAGAUAGUACGCGAGAGGCUCGAGAUAGAGUGUUUGGUAAUAUAGAAAAGGUUAUCACCGACGCCAACAGCAGAGGAAUAGUGGCUACGACCAUCUGGAUAGGCGGCAAAAGUCGAUUGGCCGACGAGACCAUUGUUCGAAUGGCGCUUGCCUGGGACAUGUGGAUAGUACGGAGUGAUGGAUGCAUGCUGGGUAUGAAUGACGGGGUGGACGCGUCGUGUUACAUAGGAAUGAUCACUCCAUGUAUGAUGAACGCGAUCGCGGCGGACAUGCUAGCAUGCGAUCAUAUGCCAAGGGAUCAUGAGUUAAUGUCGCACAUGGUGAGGACAUCGGACACGAAAAUGGACGUGCAACGAGAGCAGGGGCGUAAGGCGAUACGCGAAAUGAUCAAGGUGAUAGAGGACGUGGUAAGCAUCUGCGGCGAGGAAGAGGGUGAUUCGGUGUCGAUGGCAUGUGAAGAACACGAGGGAGAAUAUCUCGGAUAUAGUAGUGGUAUGGUGACACUGGACGUGGACUCCUUGGCACAGCUGGAAAAGGGAACGAUUAGAGGAAACUCGUAUUGGGUGAUAGACAUGGAGGGAGACGACGAGCACGUCGACGAUGCUACGGAUCGAGAAGAUCAGACGCUGGUGAGGAACUAUGCUGCUGCGGCUGCCGAGGAUGGGGCACCGUACAUCAGUCGUGAGGAGCCCAGAUGGAAAAGAUGCAUAGUUAUGAAUAAUCCAGGCCGAGAGGCAAUGGGGGAGGUCUUCGGACCCCGGGCGAAACACAUACAGGACCUGCGCGUGAUCCUGGUCGACGGCGACGACAUAGGCAAGGUUAGGAUGAUGAAGCCAAACAGUCGCCGCACCAGACAUAGCACCGGAGGGGCCGCGGUAGCUUACCCUGGAGAAGAGCUCGAGGUGGGAGACAUGAACUGCAACGGAUGGAUAGUAGUGCUGGCCGGGGAGAGGGAGAGCAGCGACACAGAUCGACGCCACGACCAAGAUAGAGAGGAAAGCUCCGGAUUCGACGACCAGAGUGAUGUGUUUGAUUCAGAAGGGUGGACGCUGUCGGACUUGGAAGAGGAACGGGAACCUGUGGAUGAGGCAUUCUUCAGGGCCGGGCACGCUGAAACCAUCAACCUCGAGAAUAUGGAAAAGGGCGAAUGCGACAUAGUCAUGUGGGAGGCAGAGAGGAAUGCACUG